AUGUCAUCACGUAGCUCUGAGGUGGCCUUGGGGCUCGGUUCCCAGCCCAGACGCAGCACUCCUCUGCCUGUGCAAAGAAAUUCCUUCCCAGCGCUGCAUCUCCUUCCACCGCGGAGCCGCUCGCUCUCCCUGCUCAGCCAGGAGGACUUCCUCGAGAGCUUCAACAGGAGCUUCUGCGGCACGAGCGAUGCUUUGGGGGCCGGUCUGUUGGAUUGCAGCUACUCCAUCCCCGACCGACAGCUGGUCCAGAGGAUCGUGUCCCAGGUGGAGUUCUACUUCUCUGAUGAGAACCUGGCCAGGGAUGCUUUCCUCCUGAAACACGUCCAGAAGAACAAGAUGGGCUUUGUCAGCAUCAAACUGCUGACGUCCUUCAAGAAGGUGAAAUACCUGACGCGGGACUGGCGGUUCACACUCUACGCCCUGCAAUUCUCGGAGCUGCUGGAGGUGAACGAGGAGGGCACCAAAGUGAGGCGCCGGGCCCCCAUCCCCGAGUCCCUGCUGAGUGUCCCCCCCAGCAAACUGCUGCUGGCCUGGGAACUGCUGCCCCAGGAGCAGGACGUGCUGCCACCUCUCCAGAAGAAUUUCCUCGAGACCAUCACGAGGAUGUUCAGCCCCUUCGGCGCCAUCGCCUCCAUCCGCAUCCUGCGGCCGGGCCGCAAGCUGCCCUCGGAUGUGCGGAAAUACACCUCGCGCUUCCCAGAGCUGCUGAGCAAGUGCUGCGCGCUGGUGGAGUACGAGAGCCUGGAGAGUGCCCGCAGGGCCUUCGAGGACCUCAGCCACCAGAGCCACCCAGGCAGCAAGAGCAUCAGAGUGGUCCGGCUCUGUGGGAAGGGCUUCAAGAAGAAACCUGGGGCUGAGAGGGAGGCGGCGGAUGAGGUGCUGGAUGAGCUCGGCUGGAAGGCGCAGGCGGCAGCUGCCACCCUGCCCUACAGCAUCGGGGACUCGCUGCUCUGCAGUUCCCUGGAGCCGGAUGGUGCCCCGGCAUCGCCGCCUCUCCUCCUGGACAAGGGUGACUCGGCGCCCACCUGGCCCGGUGACAACUUCCAGCCCAAUGACCUUGGCAACACCUUCACUGGAUCGCUCCUCACCAGCAAAGUCUUUCCUCCGCUCGGGAUGGGCUUGGGCACCAGCAGUUGCUACGGCCUCUGCUCCAGCCCUGAGAGCCCCCGCAGCUGCGGUUGGGGGAGUGGGGCGGGUGCCUGGGCACCCUGGUGCAGCAGCCCCUCUCCUGAUGCCAAACCUCCUCCCAGCAGUCCCCUGGCAGCAAAGCAGGUGCCCAAGCCCCUCGGCCUGCAGGACAGGGUCCUUCGCCUGCCCUAUGGCCCCGAUGGCACCAAGGGCUUCUGUGGCAGCUUUGGGAGGGAAGAGCUCGUCCUCUGGCACUGA